UAUAUAUAUAUAUAUCUAUCUAUCUCUUCCUUAAGUGCGCUGCGUCCCCUCCCCCUCUCGAGAUAUUAGAAUUUGCUUUUGGCCGAUGUAUUUGUAAUUCGAUCGGCGCCGCUUUCACCAGAUGGAGACAAACGGAAACAUCGGCUUCCGCCACCGUCAAUCACCUUCUUCCGAUCGAUUCCUUGAUGUCUUCUCUCCGCCGACAUCCGAGUUCGCUGCCGGCGACGAGUUGAACGAAGCCGAAGUGUUCUGGACCGGCGAUUUCGCCGAUCCUAACCGGCGGACGGUCGGGGACGGAAGCAAUCAGAAAAGCCAGCGGCAGUCCUUCCGGAGGCCGGGGAAUUCCGGCAUCCUCGCUGCAUUGGCGGAAGAUAGCGGGAAGGCUGACCAUCCGCUUAUAUAUCGGAAGCCUUCUGCAACGUCGUAUCCGCGGUUGCUUCCGGCUAUCCCGAAGCCGCCGGUGGAGAGAGAAUACUCUCAGUCUGUACCGUCUCGGAAGCUUCUCCAAUCGGCUCCGGUCAGCGUUCCAGUGGCGGCGAGUAAGAUUAGGAAGGCUGAGCUCCCCGAGGUGGACUUCGACGACGACGACGACGACGACGACGAGAUGUUGCCGCCGCACGAGAUCGUUGCGAGAGGGUCGACGAACUCACCGAAGACGACGUUUUCGGUCCUUGAAGGAGUUGGUAGGACGCUGAAGGGUAGAGAUCUCCGUCAGGUUCGCAACGCCGUGUGGCGCAAAACAGGUUUUCUUGACUGAUAACUUGACCCCUCUUCUGAUAGUUUUGGUUCUGGACUGAAAAAGUUGUUUUUUGCUGGCUUUCAGUCUACAUAUAUAGUGAGCAUAUACAGGUUUUUUGUUUAACUUGAACAGGAAUGUUGAAGUUAGAAGUAUUAUAGAAUUUUGCAGGGGAUAUGUAAUAGUUGUAUCAGUUUUGGAUACCUUGGAGUCUAGGACAGUGGAUCCUAUAGCGGUGGCCUGUGGAUGAUAUAAGCCAGGUUAUGAAUUAGGUAAGAAUUUGAAGUGAUGGGAUGGAGGGAUGGAUAAUUGUGCUCGAAAGAAAAAUAUUAAUGAAUAAUUUGCUGUUAUUUUGA